AUGGUGAUGCGGGCGCGGGACCUGGUCUACCACCUGAACUGCUUCGCCUGCUCCACGUGCGCCAAGAUGCUGACCACGGGCGACCACUUCGGCAUGAAGGACAGCCUGGUCUACUGCCGGCUGCACUUCGAGGCACUCCUGCAGGGCGAGUACCAGCUGCACUUCAACCACGCCGAGGGGGCGGCCGGCAAAGGCAUCCCUGCCGCGCUGGGCGCCUCGGCCGCACUGGGACUGCCUUACUACAACGGCGUGGGCACCGUGCAGAAGGGCCGGCCCAGGAAGAGGAAGAGCCCGGGGCCCGGCACCGACCUGGCGGCCUACAACACAGGUGAGGGCCACGGCAGGAAGUGGCGACGGGUGCCCCGACUGAGGGGGUGCGAUCCAGGCUGCAGGCUGGCUGGGGGAGGCACCGGGGUCCCCUGCGGAGCAUCUCAUCUGCGCUUCUUCCUAGGGGGUGCGCUUGCGCUUGGAAGGGCUUUUGGAGGCUCUCAGGAGUUGGGCAUCUCGGCUUUCUGCGUGCCACCGGGUUAG